UGUGCAGAUACCUACGAUGCUAGAGACCAGCUGGUAUCACGGGAAUAACUCUGUGGGGCCAGGAGACGGAACCUCAGUCACUCUGCCCUCUAGCGGCGGAUCUCUGUCUUACGUCCCAGAAGGUUGCAUCGUGGUCCGGUCAGAUAGCUACAAACCUUGGGAAAACCCAUACGACCUCGUCAGCCAUAAGGCUGAGAUCUUGGUCCGAAUCAUCCUCAACGCCACGGCCACGCCCCUUCUGUUCCUCUUCGGAUUCCCAGCCAACAUCCUCAACGCCGUUGUCUUCUACAGACAGGGAAUAGGGGAGAGGAUCAACAUGUGUUUGUUUGUAUUGUCUUUGACAGACCUCGUGGGUCUCACAGCUCAGUUCCUACGAAAUCUGGAACAAAUGUACAGGGCGUUAAUUAAAGUUCGAGGUGUUCUCGAGGAAAACAUUGUAGGCUUUACUGGCUUUAGCAAAGUGUCUCAGUUUAUCACGUGUGUCAUCGCGUGCGAGCGGUUCUUGUGUGUGUUCCUCCCUUUCAAGGCUCAGAAAUACCUCAAGACUUCCAGCAUGGCGGCCGUUAUCGGGGUCAUCGGUGUGUUUCUGCUAGGCGGCAUGUGGCUCAUCGCCGGUCACAAGCACACCUUUACCUGUGUCUUUGAUCCUCUCACUAACGAGACGGACUUGGCCAGCAGCUACACCAGUUUUUACUUGGACCACAAGUAUGUUUUCGAUAUUAUCGACGUAUUUGUCUACACUGUCGUCUUCUCGAUCGUUCUUCAGUUUCUUAUCAUCAUCACCUCCAUCCUCACCGUCAUCAAGCUGUACCAAGCCUUUAUGUGGCGCCACCUACAUGGAGCCGUGGGAAGUUCCCACAAAGCACAACAGUCAAAAGAUUUGUCGAGACUUUCGAAGAAAGAAGUGGCGACCACCAAAAUGUUGCUGGCGUCGUCUCUCUUGUUUAUCGUCUGCUUCUCGCCUAUCGUCAUGUUGCAGUUGUCGCUGUACUUGGUGAAGGACCUGAGCAACUCAGGCCGCUACUACAACCUUCUGUCCGUACUGUGGAAAAUCGUUGCCGUGUUACGGAUGGUGACUGCGUCCUUGAACUUUGUCAUCUAUUACCACAUGGGGUCACGGUUUCGCACUACGUUAAAGGACAUAGUGUCAUGCGUGAGGAAGUAACUGUUCCAAGCACACACCUCAUUAAUCAUUAA